UUAGGCCAAGGAGUUUAGCCUGGCAUGCCGGGGUUUAUAACUCAGUUUGAAUAGCCUAUUUUACCUCACUUUAUCCUAUGAAUUGAUGAAUUUAACCCGAAAUUUUUUCUUUAACACUUUGGGUUGCUAAACCGUCCCUUAAAAGAUUUUUAGUACUGACUACUAACCCGGCUCGCCCCGAUCCAUGACCAGCUCUUUUACAUAAGAAAUUUCUGGGCCCUUAAGUCUUAACCAUUCCAAGAAAUCCACAAACCUAAACUACCAAGGCAAUACUACAUCACUAAUACCUCCACCAAUUAGUAAUCACUGCAUAAUCCAGAUAUCAACCCCAGAAAUAUCAAAUAACAAGAUGAUGCGCAAAUCAUUAUCAACUAUUUUCCUAAAUUCCUUGAAAAAAACCCUGAAAAUCCAAAACCCAACUCUAGAAUCAUCUACAAAAAGCUUCAGCAGUUCAAUUUGCAAUUGGGAUUCAAGUUCUGCUGCAAAAGAGAAGGUUGAUUGCGUUGUAAUUGGAGCUGGAAUUGUAGGAAUUGCAAUUGCAAGAGAAUUAGCAUUCAAAGGAAGAGAAGUUUUGGUGAUUGAUUCUGGUCCCACAUUUGGUACAGUCACCAGUUCUCGCAAUAGUGAAGUCAUACAUGCUGGCAUUUACUAUCCUCCUAAUUCUCUCAAGGCAAAAUUUUGUGUCAAAGGAAGAGAUAUGGUGUAUAAGUAUUGUUCAGAGCAUGAUGUCCCUCACAAGCAGAUAGGUAAGCUUAUUGUUGCUACUCGAGAAUCAGAGGUUUCAAAAUUGAAUGAGCUAUUGGUCCGUGGAAGUGAAAAUGGGGUUAAUGGUCUGAGAUUGAUGGAGGCAUCUGAAUCUAUGAAGAUGGAACCAGAACUACAAUGUGCAAAAGCCUUGUUUUCACCUGUUUCGGGAAUUGUUGAUACCCAUUCUCUGAUGCUUUCUUUAGUGGGAGAAGCUGAAAAUUAUGGAGCAAUAUUUUCCUACAAUACUGCUGUUCUUGGAGGCAACAUAAAAGCCAACCAAGUUGAGCUUUUUGUGACGGGAAGCCAGCAUUUAGACAACUGGAAUGAGGGGGAUAGAUUACAAGCUGAACUUAGGCUUCUUCCUGAAGUUGUAAUCAAUUCAGCUGGCUUGGCUGCUGUUCCCCUUGCUAAGAGACUGAUGGGCCUUGAUAGUUCUUACAUUCCUACUGCUUAUUAUGCUUGUGGUCACUAUUUUUCUUUGUCGAAAACUAAGGGGUCCCCUUUUAGGCAUCUGAUAUAUCCAAUUCCAGAAGAUGGUGGAUUAGGAGUUCAUGUAACACUAGACUUAGAGGGCCAGGUGAAAUUUGGGCCUGAUGUCGAAUGGAUUAGUGGGGUUUCUGAUAUUGCAAGCUUUUCAAACAGGUUUGAUUACUCUGUACACCCUGAUCGCAGUGAAUUUUUUUAUCCAGAGAUAAGGAAGUACUAUCCUCUACUGAAAGCAGGGUCACUGGAACCCGGUUAUGCAGGGAUACGGCCAAAACUCUCUGGUCCAGGAAUGACCCCUUCUGAUUUUGUAAUACAGGGGCAAGAUGUUCAUGGAGUACCUGGACUUGUCAACCUCUUUGGCAUUGAAUCACCUGGUGUGACUGCAAGCAUGGCCAUUGCAGAUUAUGUGACUUCGAGGGUCCUCCAUCAGAUGUAGAUUAGUGUCCACAUAACAAGACUUGGGUUUCAACUUUCAAUUCUUCUGCUUGCAUUAGUUAAUACAAUUUCAUGGUAUCCGAAUCCAACUCACAAACGUUAUUGCUAGACCGCAUAACCAAUUUAUACAAUGGAUAGAGGACCACGGACUGGUUUUAAGCGUAAAUGACCCCUUAAGCUUUGUCAUGGCAUGUGAAAUUCGCCUUCUUGAGUUGGUGCACUCUCCGGAUUAUUCUGCAAAGGAAUUUGGAAGAAAAGGCACAUUAUGUGCUCAUGAUGUUAUGAUUGUAGUGCAUUAGAUUCUCUCAUAUAGGCAUGGUUCAUACUUUCAUGUACCUACUUUUAUGAGCACAUUAUGAGGCCAUCUCAUUCAUGCAACAUGAAAAAAAAAAGUAUAAACCCAUCUAUUAAUUAUUUAACCACAUGAUGUUUCAGGUAUUGUUGCAAUUGAAUAAGGAGGUACUUGAAUUAAUGAUUGUGAAAAUUGAAAUUGCACUAGUUAGGACAAAAGUUAUAGUUGAGGCAUAUAAUGUGCA